GGGGAGGUGCACCGAGCCCCGGUGGUUCGCCACCCCCUCACCCCGUCACCCUGCCCAGAGUAGCCAGGGGAGGGAGAGUUGUGUCCGGAUACGUGGUGGGGGUAGAGGCGGUCCCUGUCCCACCCACACACUGCACAGAGAGCAGAAUAGAGUAGAGACGUUGUUUAGCCCAGCCGUCCCACCUCUACCCAGAAACUAAAGAUGGCAACCUCCAGCACUCCGCUAAUCUCUCUGCUUCUAUUCGCGGUUUCCGUUACAAUAGUCUUCUGUCAAUACGAGAAAUACAGCUUCAGGAGUUUUCCGCGUCAUGAACUAAUGCCGUUAGACUCCGCGUAUAAAUACGCGCUGGACCAGUACACCGGAGAGAAAUGGCAGGAGACAGUUGACUAUCUCGAGGUCUCUCUCCGGUUGUACCGGCUGCUCAGGGACAGCGAGGCCUUCUGCAACCUCAACUGCAGCUCUGUGCGGCUGGACAACGAGGAGAAGUUUACCGACUUCCCGGAGCUGCGUGUGUUCGGUAACGUUAUGAAGAGGGCGCAGUGUUUGAAGCGGUGCAAACAGGGGCUGCCUGCCUUCAGACAGACCAUGCCCAGCCGCGACACCGUGGAGGAAUUCGAGAAACGGGAACCCUAUAAAUACCUGCAGUUCGCCUACUUCAAAGUGAGUUAAAUCAAUUUGAGAGAGAGUGAAAUCAGUGCUGCUCUCUGCAGUAUUUAUUUUGUAUUUAACCUUUAUUUUCAAUGGAGCUGGAGAGGGUUGAUCAACAUCUCUGGACGAGCUGCCUGUCUUUCAAAACAAAUAUAGCUGAAUGCAUUUGGUAUAUAAAGAAGUACUUGUAUUUUAGAUAAAAUACAUUGUGUGUGUUUUCAAUAACUUUUAGAACUGUGUAAUUAACAGGCACUCCUCUGCACUCUGUUAUACUACUGUACUCUAUUGAGUAAUGUGUUCUCUCGCGGGGUUGUGACGCCCUCAUACGUGCCACGACAUGGGGGGGGGGGGGGGGGGGGGUUAAGCUAAGGAAGAGGGUCCUGUGCUUUUGUUCACUUUAUAUGAGUAGCCUGUGUGUGUGUAUAACUGUCUCCUCUCUCCUCCAGUCUGAUAACCUGGCCAAGGCAGUGUCUGCAGCCCACACCUUCCUCCUGAAGCACCCUGAUGAUGAGAUGAUGCAGAGGAACAUGGCCUACUACAGGAGUCUACCUGGGGCUGAGGAACACCUCACAGACCUGGAGACCAAGUCCUACGAGGUACACACUCACUUGCAUACACACACGUACACUUGCAUACACACAUGUGCAAACACGCACGUGCACAUCAAGAAUAAACUGGUCUAAUUCUCUCCAUGGGUGGGGUUAGAGGUGGUUAGGGGACCAGACUGAAGUCACAGGAGGAUGUAAAGGCUUUCAGAGCUCUAAGACUAAACAUGUACAGUUGAAGUGGGAGGUUUACAUACACUUAGGUUUGAGUAAUUAAAACUCGUUUUUCAACCACUCCGCAAAUUUAUUUUUUACAAACUAUAGUUUUGGCAAGUCAUGACACAAGUAAUUUUUCCAACAAUUGUUUACAGACAGAUUAUUUCACUUAUAAUUCACCGUAUCACAAUUCCAGUAGGUCAGAAGUUUACAUACACUAAGUUGACUGUGCCUUUAAACAGCUUGGAAAAUUCCAGAAAAUGAUGUCAUGGCAAUUGAAUCAAUUGGAGGUGUACAUGUGGAUGUAUUUCAAGGCCUACCUUCAAACUCAGUGCCUCUUUGCUUGACAUCAUGGGAAAAUCUAAAGAAAUCAGCCAAGACCUCAGAAAAAUUAUUGUAGACCUCCACAAGUCUGGUUCAUCCUUGGGAGAAAUUUCCAAACGCCUGAAGGUACCACGUUCAUCUGUACAAACAAUAGUACGCAAGUAUAAACACCAUGGUACCACGCAGCCGUCAUACCGCUCAGGAAGGAGACGUGUUCUGUAUCCUAGAGAUGAACGUACUUUGGUGAGAAAAGUGCAAAUCAAUCCCAGAACAACAGCAAAGGACCUUGUGAAGAUGCUGGAGGAAACAGGUACAAAAGUAUCUAUAUCCACAGUAAAACAAGUCGACAUAAGCUGAAAGGUCGCUCAGCAAGGAAGAAGCCACUGCUCCAAAACCGCCAUAAAAAGCCAGACUACUGUUUGCAACUGCACAUGUGGACAAAUAUCGUACUUUUUGGAGAAAUGUCCUCUGGUCUGAUGAAACAAAAAUAGAACUGUUUGGCCAUAAUGACCAUCGUUAUGUUUGGAGGAAAAGGGGGUUGCUUGCAAGCCGAAGAACACCAUCUCAACCGUGAAGGACAGGGGUGGCAGCAUCAGGCUGUGGGGGUGCUUUGCUGCAGGACGGACUGGUACACUUCACAAAAUAGAUGGCAUCAUGAGGAAGGAAAAUGAUGUGGAUAUAUUGAAGCAACAUCUCAAGACAUCAGUCAGGAAGUUAAAGCUUGGUCGCAAAUGGGUCUUCCAAAUGGACAAUGACCCCAAGCAUACUUCCAAAGUUGUGGCAAAAUGGCUUAAGGACAACAAAGUCAAGGUAUUGGAGUGGCCAUCACAAAGGCCUGACCUCAAUCCUAUAGAACAUUUGUGGAGGCCUACAUUGAGCAAGGAGGCCUACAAACCUGAUUAAGUUACACCAGCUCUGUCAGGAGGAAUGUGCCAAAAUUCACCCAACUUAUUGUGGGAAGCUUGUGGAAGGCUACCCGAAACGUUUGACCCAAGUUUAACAAUUUAAAGGCAAUGCUACCAAAUACUAAUUGAGUGUAUGUAAACUUCUGACCCACUGGGUGUCAUGAUUAAACUGGAUUUGAACCCAAAUGCAGACAACUACACAGAGCCAGAGAAGGUUUAACAGGUUUAUUUACAAUGUUCAAUUUGUCCAGGUUUCCAAUAAUAGGGGAAGAGCAAGUCCAGGUUACAGGGAGGGUAACAGAUCCAGGUCAGAGCAGGUGUGGUACCGUAAUGUCCUAGUGUCCGUGGUGAGUCCAAAAGGGAGGUCCGGUAGUGGAAAGCAGGAUGGUGGUGGCAGGAGUGAAGCGGAGGCAGGAGUCAGGUUCCAAUAAUCUGUGGCACAGGAGAAAAGUAAAUAGAACAGGCCAAAAAACACAAAGAGCGAAAACAAACAGGUUGAGUCGGCAGCGAGACUAACAUGGUCGUCUUGACUAUGAUCUGACGUUGAGUGGCAAGUUUGACUGGGUCUUAAAGGCUGAGGUGAUUAUGGUAAUGAGCUGCAGCUGGAACCCUGACUCCCGCACACCAGACUUCACUCCUGCAAUCAAGGACAGACAGAGGGGAGGGGAAGAGCAGAGAGAGCUACCUAGCAGCAGUAGGCCUAACAGUACCCCCCCCCCCCCCCCCUACGGACGCCACCUGGCGGCCGACAGGGUUUAUCGGGAUGUAACCGAUGAAAUUCACGGACCAGAGCAGGAUCCACAAUGAAGCUCCUGGGCACCCAGCAACGUUCCUCAGGACCAUAACCCUCCCAAUCCACCAGGUACUGGAAACCACGACCCCGGCGGCGAACAUCCAGAAGUCGCCGGACAGUGUAGACAGGACCCACACCCACGAUCCUGGGCGGAGGAGGGGGACGAGAGGGCGGGCACAGAGGGCUGACAGACACAGGCUUGAUCUGGGACACAUGAAAAGUGGAAUGAACCCGUAGGGAGGCAGGAAGCUGUAGUUUAACCGCGCAGGGGUUAACAAUAGACAGUAUCUUGAACGGUCCUAUAAAACGCGGCGCCAUCUUCUUAGAUUCUACUUUCAAUGGAAGAUCACGUGACUUAAGCCAUACCUCUUGACCAGGAGAGUAACCGGGAGCCUGGGACCGGUGACGGUUGGCUUGCCUCUGCAUGUACGACGAAGCUCGGGGACAGAGCUACCCUGGCCUUCCUCCAGACCUUGAAGCAGCGGCGCAUGUGGGACUGCACCGAGGGUACCGCCAGUUCCCUCUCUUGAGAAGGGAACAGGGGAGGUUGAUAACCCAGAGCACACAGAAAGGGAGACAAACCAGAGGAAGCGUUAGUCAAGGUGUUUAUGAGCAUAUUCCACCCAGGGGAGCAUGGAGCUCCAAGACCCAGGGUUAGACCCUGUGACACAGCGGAGAGUGGUCUCCAUCUCCUGGUUCGCUCUCUCGGCUUGCCCGUUGGUCUGGGGGUGAUAUCCAGAGGACAGGCUGGAUGUGAUGCCCAAAGCUUUACAGAAAGCUUUCCAUACCUGGGAGACAAACUGGGGACCCCUGUCAGAGACAAUAUCAGUGGGCAGACCAUGAGAGCAGAAGACAUGUUCAACCAAAAUAUCAGCCGUCUCUCUGGCAGUGGGCAGUUUAGGUAGGGCCAAAAAAUUAGCAAACUUAGAAAAACGAUCACAGUAAGAAUGACAGUCUUUCCAGAUGAGGGGGGAAGUCCAGUGACAAAAUCCAAAGCAAUGUGGGACCAGGGCCGGCUGGGUAUUGGCAGAGGUCGUAGAUGACCAGCGCUGGCCUGGGUGGAGUUCUUACUUCGUGCACAUACCGUACAAGCAGCAAUGAAGGCUCGAGUGUCUGCCUCCAUCCUGGGCCACCAGAACUUCCGUCGCACAAAGUCAAGGGUCCGAGUAACUCCAGGGUGACAGGUAAGGGGAGACGAGUGAGCCCACUGAAGUACCUGGGAGCGAACAGACUCAGGGACAAACAACCGGUUAGGAGGACCGCUCCCAGGGUCAGCUUGAUGAUGUUGAGCCUGUCUAACAAUCCCUUCGAUGUCACAUAUAAUGGCCGCAAUACUGCAGGUAGGAGGCAAGAUGGGUUCAGGGUUACUACCAGUAUCAACAGCAGAAUGAACACGAGACAGGGCGUCAGGCUUGACGUUGCGUGACCCAGGACGGUAAGACAGAGAAAAUUGAAUCUCCCAAAAAUAAUGCCCACCUGGCUUGACGGGGAUUGAGCUGCUUAGCUGACUGGAUGUAUGCCAGAUUCUUGUGAUCCGUCCAAACGAUGAAGGGUUGUUCCGCCCCCUCCAACCAAUGCCGCCACUCCUCGAGAGCCAGCUUAACGGCGAGCAGUUCACGAUUGCCAACAUCAUAAUUCCUCUCUGCCUGAGAAAGCUUCCGUGAAAGAAAAGCGCAGUGAUGCAGUUUGUUAUCUUCAGGAGAACGUUGUGACAACACCGCACCUACCCCAGUGUCGGAUGCAUCCACCUCCACGACAAACUGGCGGUCUGGGUCCGGCUGCAUCAGAAUGGGAGCCGAGGCGAAGCGAUGUUUCAGUUCUUCAAACGCUGAUUCGGCCCCUUCAUUCCAAGCGAAUGGUAGUGAGAUGGAGGUGAGAGCGGUGAGUGGUGCCGCAAUGCGGCUGUAGUCCUUGAUGAACCUCCUGUAGAAGUUCGCAAACCCCAGGAAUCGUUGAAGUUGUUUGCGGGUGGAGGGGGCUGGCCAGUCCGUGACUGCAGAGAUCUUAGCUGGGUCCAUCCGCAACUCCCCCUGAGCUAUUAUGUAACCCAAAAAAGAGGUCUCAGACACAUGAAAUUCACAUUUCUCCAUCUUCACAAAUAGUUUGUUCUCCAACAACCUUUGCAACACCUGGCGCACAUGCAGUUCAUGUUCCUGGGAGGACUCUGAGAAAAUCAGGAUAUCAUCCAGAUAGACAAAAACUAAACGAUUCAACAUGUCCCGAAGGACAUCAUUCACGAGUGCCUGAAAAACAGCAGGGGCAUUAGACAAACCAAAAGGCAUGACCAGAUACUCAAAAUGUCCCAAGGGUGUGUUGAAGGCAGUCUUCCAUUCAUCACCUUUACGAAUGCGCACCAGGUGAUACGCAUUUCGUAGAUCCAGUUUCGUAAAGAUGGCAGCACCAUGAAGGAGGGGAAAAGCAGAAUUAAUCAAAGGCAGAGAAUACUUGUUCUUAAUGGUGAUGUUGUUAAGUCCACGGUAAUCAAUACAGGGUCUGAGGGUCUUAUCCUUCUUUCCAACAAAAAAGAAUCCCGCUCCUACAGGUGACGAGGAAGGACGAAUAAUAGCUGCCGCCAAGGAGUCCCGCAUGUAGUUCUCCAUAGCCUCCGUCUCCGGGCGGGAGAGAUUGUACAGGCGACUGUUAGGGAGAGGGGCUCCUGGCUGGAGGUCAAUGGCGCAGUCGUAUGGCCGGUGAGGUGGAAGAGAAGUAGCCGUGUGUUUGCAGAAAACGGAUGCCAGGUCAUGAUACACGUCAGGAACAGCAGAGAGAUCCAUGGACUCCAGUGGAGGUUGAGGCACAGUGCUGGCAGGGGUCUGAGCAGAACACAAACAGUUCACAUGACAAAAUGUGCUCCAUGAAACAAUUCUACCUGUCACCCAAUCAAUGUGUGGAUUCUGUCUUAUGAGCCAGGGGGAUACCAAGGACCGGGGGGUCUGUGGGCAGUCAAUUAUGUGAAAUUGAAUGCUCUCCUGAUGAUUACCCGACACUCUGAGACAAACAGGGACAGUCUGAUGAGUAAUACGGGUCAACAAAUGUAAUUGUCCAUUUAGACCCUUAGCCUGCAGCGGACGGUCCAUAGGAACAGUCUCUAACUCCAUUUGUUGAGCCAACUCUCGAUCCAAAAAGCGUUCAUCGGCACCAGAGUCAACCAGCGCACUAACAGGGAAAUCCUGGACCUGCCACUGGAGGGAUGCCUGGAGCAGAAUGCGGGGAGAAGAGGAAGAAUCCGCUGUUCGGCUCACCAAAACUUCUCCCAUUAAUGAUGAGCCGGCCCUUUUCCCGGACGAACUGGGCAGGAAGGAACGAAAUGACCAGCUUCUCCACAAUACAGGCAGGCCCCGAACCUGAAUACGACGUGCACGCUCCUCUGAGGACAACCGUGCACGACCCACCUCCAUGGCUUCGGGUUCAGUGCUCCUCGUAUCGACUCGGGAAGACUCGGCCCUCUCCGUAGGGAAGAGGCGGGGAGGAGUUGGUUGACGACAGACAGGUUGCUUGGAACUAACACUCCUCUCCCGGCGGCGCUCCCGAAUCCGAUUAUCCAACCGGAUGGUGAGUGAAAUAAGGUUAUCCAGCGUAGGCGAUUCAUCAUAUGACACCAAUUCAUCCUUCAAAGUCUCAGACAAAGCAUUAAUGAACACUCCUUGUAAUGCCUCGUCAUUCCAACCACUCACUGCCGCUAACGUCCGAAACUCCACUGCCAUCUCCGCCACACUGCGAGACCCCUGCCGAAGAGACAACAACCGUUUAGCAGCCUCCUUGCCCCGUACGGGGUGGUCGAAAACCUUCCUCAUCUCAGUGGUGAAGGCAACGUAAGCGUUGCAAAUGUCCGACUGACUCUCCCAGACCGCGGAUCCCCAGGAACGAGCGGAACCGCUAGUAGAGUUGAUAAGGUAGGCAAUACGGGCUCUCUGAGGCGUAGGUGAGGGGCUGUUGUUCAAAGACUAGCGAGCAUUGAGUCAAAAAAUCACCACAGGUUCCCAUGUUCCCGUCAUAGCGCUCUGGAGCAGGAACAAAAGGCUCUCUGAUCUGGGCUGGAGGAGCAGUUUGUAUGCCAUGAACGAGGGGUGCAUUAUUAAUUUGGGUAGUAAGGACAGACACUUGAUGGGUGAGUAAUUGAAUCUGAUUAAACAGCAUCUGACUGUUCUCAGAAAUAGUCUUAAAACAAAGUAUCAUGUUGGCCAAGUAAAAUGCCCUGAUUGGCUAUGGCAGUCCGAAUUUGAGUGCACUCUGGGUUAGUAUCCGAGCUACAGUCUGCUGGGUUCAUCAUGGUCAGAUCAUACUGUCAUGAUUAAACUGGAUUUGAACCCAAAUGCAGACAACUACACCGAGCCAGAGAAGGUUUAACAGGUUUAUUUUACAAUGUUCAAUUUUCCAGGUUUCCAAUAAUAGGGGAAGAGCAAGUCCAGGUUACAGGGAGGGUAACAGAUCCAGGUAGAGCAGGUGUGGUACCGUAAUGUCCUAGUGUCCGUGGUGAGUCCAAAAGGGAGGUCCGGUAGUGGGAAAGCAGGAUGGCGGUGGCAGGAGUGAAGCGGAGGCAGGAGUCAGUUCCAAUAAUCUGUGGCAACAGGAGAAAAGUAAAUAGAACAGGCCAAAAAACACAAAGAGCGAAACAAACAGGUUGAGUCGGCAGCGAGACUAACAUGGUCGUCUUGACUAUGAUCUGACGAUGAGUGGCAAGUUUGACCGUGGUCUUAAAGCUGAGGUGAUUAUGUAAUGAGCUGCAGCUGGAACCCUGACUUCCGCACACCAGACUUCACUCCUGCAAUCAAGGACAGGGGGAAGGCAGGGCUACCUAGCAGCCGUUCUUUAAAAUAAAAGUGGUGAUGCCAACUGGACUAAGACACGGAAUUUGUACUAGAUUUUAAAUGUCAGGAAUGUGAAAAACAGAGUGAAAUGUAUUUGGCUAAGGUGUUAUGUAAACUUUUCCGACUUCAACGGUACCUUAGCCACUUAUCAAAAGGAUAAUUGGCUGAGGGUCGCAGUGGGUGGGUUAGGGAAGCUCUGAAGUGCUGCACAGCUACAGGUUCUGGCUCUGGUGAAAUAAAUCUGGUCUAAUCUAGAUAACAUUAUGUUGUGGUGUCGUAUCAAUGUGGUGUGUUGUUGUUCAGACGUUGGUGUUGCGGCAGUGCGGGGGUAUACGGUGUGAUAACUACCGUACCUCAGUGUAAGGACAUGGGCGGGAUCUCAGGGAGUUCUUCAAGGUAUACGGACGAAUGUCUGGCUGCUUCAGAAGGAGGCCAGGGAGGUAAAGACUUCCAAAGAGUUCGACCCCUCCAGUGCGGUGAGUAUCUUGUGUCAACCCUCCAUCUCAGGCUAGCCUAUACUCCAUGUCUUUUACCAGUCCAACACAGAGAUUUGGACCUGUCAAAAGGUGAUGUAGACCAAUAAUGGAUUUAGUUGGCAGUGUUGAUUUAUGAUUUCUGUUGAUCAUCUUGAAAGGUCACUAUGAUGAUAAAAUCCCCCCCCCCCCCCCGACACAUUCUCUAUAUCUCCCAUUCUCCUCCCACCUUCCCUCACAGACCAUACACAGAGGUGUUGGAGAGGGAGGAGUGAGGUGUGAGGCCAGCAGAGAUGAAUCCUGUUGUUGGAGGAUCAUCGUAGAGAAGUUGAUAGCAACCAUGUACCACUAACUACGUUCGCCUAUUUACAACGUGAUGUCAUAUUACUGCAUUGCGAUUGAUUACAUAUACAAAAUGUUAUAACGGUAUUAUUAACAUGCAUGGUUAUAUCAGUCUUUAUGACAACGAGUAUUCUAGUGAGUACGUUAACAUAUUAUUACCAAAAAUGUAUAGUUAGGCCUUAGUGUUAUAUGUGGUUAUACACACACACACACACACACACACCACACACACACACACACACACACACACACACACACACUGACUCUGUCAUUGCCCCCCAGUGCAAUGACUGAGAACGCGGUUUCCCUGUGUAACCAGCUACAUGUUGUUUGACCCCAGUGAUGGAGGUGAUGAAGAAACAACGGGGUGUAUACAAGACCACAGAGACAAAUACGGAAUCAGGACGAAGAUUUCCUACCUAGAUUCGGUAAGGACAACACACACAUUAAAGUGAGGGAAAAAAAUUAGUGCUUCCCUAACCUGAUUUUGUACGUGUGCCCAAUGACAAAGAAAUGUUCAGCUAUAAUUUAAGGUAGGUUUAUUUGAACAGUGAGCGACAGAAUAACAACAAAAAAAUCCAGAAAACGCAUGUCAAAAAGUUAUAAAUUGUUUUGCCUUUUAAUGGGGAAAUAAAGAUAUUUGACCCCUUUCUCAAUCAGAAAGAUUUUGGCUCCAGGGGUGUGAUACAGGUAACGAGCUGAGAUUCGGAACACACUCUUAAAGGGAGUGCUUCCUAAUCUCAGUUGUUACCUGAUUAAAAGACCUCUCACAGAAGCAAGCACCAAUCAGAUUCCAAACUCUCCACCAUGGCCAAACCAAAGAGCCUCCAAAGGAUGUCAGGGACCAAGAUUUAAAUGUACACAAGGAUUGAAAUGGGCUACAAAACCUUCGCAGCAGCGGGUGAGAUGGUUUGACAAACAGUUGGGUUGCGAUUAUUGCACAUGGCAAAAACAACCAAAAAAUACUGUCAAUCUCCCUCGGCAUGGGGCUCCAUGCAAGAUCCACCUCGUGGAGGUGCAAUGAUCAUGAGAACGGUGAGGGAAUCAGCCCAGAACACACGGGAGGAUUGUCUAAAUGAUCUAAGGCAGUGGAACCAUAGUAAACCCAAAGAAGGAAAACAAUUGGUAAUAAACACUACGCCGUGAAGGACUGAAAUCCUGCAGCGCACGCAAGGUGAUCCCCCCCUGCUCAAGAAAGCACAUAUACAGGGCUGUCUGAAGUUGGCCAAUGAACAUCUGAAUGGAUCAGAGGAGAACUGAGGUGAAAGGUUGUGGUCGAUGAGACACCAAAAUCGAGCUACUUUGGCAUCAACAUCAACUCGCCGGUGGAGGCGGAGGCGCUUGCUAUGACCCCCAAGAACAACAUACCCAAAGUCAAACAUGGAGGUGGAAACAUAUGCGUUGGGGUUUUUUCUGAUAAGGGGACAGGGAACAACUUCCACGCAGCAACGGGACGUGGACGGGGCCAUGUACCGUCAAAUUGGGUGAGAACCCUCCUUCCUCAGCCAGGGCAUGAAAGAGGGCGUAGAUGGGUAUUCAGCAUGACAUGACCCAAAACACACGGGCCAAGGCAACCAACAAACACAGGAGUGCUCAAGAAGAAGACACAAUUAAGGUACUGGAGUGGCCUAGCCAGUCUCCAGCCUUAAGCUCAUAGAAUAAUUGUGGGGGAGCUGAAGCGUGCGAGUUGCAAAUUAUUGGAGAAGACUGCAAAGAGGCGUGGACAAAAAUCCCUCCUGAGAUGUGUGCAAACCUGGUGGCCAACUACAAGAACGCUGACCUUUGUGAUGCCAACAGUGUUUGCCACAAGUACUAAGUCAGUUUUGCAGAUGUUGUAAAUACUUAUUCCCGCAUUAAAUGCAACUCAAUUUAUAACAUUUUUACACAUGCGUGUUUUUUUCAUGGAUCUUUGUUUGUCUUCUGUCUCUCACUGGUCAAUAAAAACUACCAUAUAAAAUAUCGAUGAUUAAUGUAUUUGCAGUGGGCCAAACGGACAAAAAUCAGGCAGGGGAUCCAAUACUUUUUCCCUGACUGUAUCAUACAGACAUAUUCAGCACACACGCACACACCAAAACUGCUGCGGUCCGUAUCUCCGCAUGCAGGUGAUUUGGCCAUGUCAUUGAUUGUUGUUUUAACCAGUUGACUGAAUUGCUGAGGUCUUCCUUGGGGUGUUGUUGCGGAUAAGCUACCUAGCAGCAGUAGGCCUAACACUGGGAAUAUGAUGAAAUAAAUAAAAGCUGAAAUAAACCAUUCUCUCUACUAUUAUUCGGACAUUUCACGUUCUUAAAAUAAAGUGGUGAUCCUAACUGACCUAAGACACGGAAUUUUUACUAGGAUUAAAUGUCAGGAAUUGUGAAAAACAGAGUUGAAAUGUAUUUGGCUAAGGUGUAUGUAAACUUCCGACUUCAACUGUACCUUAGCCACUUUCUCAAAAGGAUAAUUGGCUGAGGUCUCAGUUGGGCUGGGUUAGGGAGCUCUGAAGUGCUGCACAGAUACAGGUUCUGCUCUGGUGAAAUAAAUCUGGUCUAAUCUAGAUAACAUUUAUGUUGUGUUUCUGUAUCAAUGUGUGUGUGUUGUUGUUCCAGACGUUGUUUGUGCGAGCAGUGCGGGCGUAUAACGGUGAUAACUACCGUACCUCAGUGUCAGACAUGGAGCUGGCUCUCAGGGAUUUCUUCAAGGUAUACGACGAAUGUCUGGCUGCUUCAGAAGGAGCCAGGGAGGUUAAAGACUUCAAAGACUUCUACCCCUCCAUUGCUGGUGAGUAUCUUUCUUUCAACCUCUCCAUCUCAGGCUAGCCUAUCCCUCCAUGUCUUUUACCAGUCCAACACAGAGAUUUUGUACCUGUCCAAAGGUUGAUUUAGACCAAUGGAUUUUAGUUUGGGCAGUGUUGAUUUAUGAUUUCUGUUGAUCAUCUUGAACAGGUCACUCAUGAUGAUAAAUCCCCCCCCCCCCCCGACACCUCUUCUAUCUCUCCCAUUCCUCCUCCCCCCUCUCCCUCCCAGACCACUACACAGAGGUGUUGGAGAGGAAGGUGAGGUGUGAGGCAGAGCUGACUCCUGUGGUUGGAGGAUUCAUCGUAGAGAAGUUUGUAGCAACCAUGUACCACUACCUACAGUUCGCCUAUUACAAACGUGAGUGUCAUAUUACUGCAUUGCUAUUACAUAUACAACUGUUAUAACUGUUAUUAUUACACAUGCAUGUGUUAUAUCAGUCUUAUGACACGAGUGAGUACGUUACUACAUUAUUAUUACAAACAUGUAUAUUUAGGACUUCUGUGUUCUAUGUGGUUAUACACACACACACACACACACACACACACACACACACACACACACACACACACACACACUGACUCUGUCAUUGCCCCCCCAGUGAAUGACCUGAAGAACGCGGUUCCCUGUGUAACCAGCUACAUGUUGUUUGACCCCAGUGAUGAGGUGAUGAAGAACAACGUGGUGUAUUACCAGUACCACAGAGACAAAUACGGACUCAGCGACGAAGAUUUCCUACCUAGAUCGGUAAGACACACACACAUACAGUGAGGGAAAAAAGUAGUUGAUCCCCUACUGAUUUUGUACGUUUGCCCACUGACAAAGAAAUGAUCAGUCUAUAAUUUUAAUGGUAGGUUUAUUUGAACAGUGAGAGACAGAAUAACAACAAAAAAAUCCAGAAAAACGCAUGUCAAAAAUGUUAUAAAUUGUUUUGCAUUUUAAUGAGGGAAAUAAGUAUUUGACCCCCUCUCAAUCAGAAAGAUUUCUGGCUCCCAGGUGUCUUUUAUACAGGUAACGAGCUGAGAUUAGGAACACACUCUUAAAGGGAGUGCUCCUAAUCUCAGUUUGUUACCUGUAUAAAAGACCUCUCCACAGAAGCAAGCAAUCAAUCAGAUUCCAAACUCUCCACCAUGGCCAAAACCAAAGAGCUCUCCAAGGAUGUCAGGGACAAGAUUGUAAAUGUACACAAGGCUUGAAUGGGCUACAAAACCAUCGCCAAGCAGCUUGGUGAGAAGGUGACAACAGUUGGUGCGAUUAUUUGCAAAUGGAAAAACACAAAAUAACUGUCAAUCUCCCUCGGCCUUGGGCUCCAUGCAAGAUCUCACCUCGUGGAGUUGCAAUGAUCAUGAGAACGGUGAGGAAUCAGCCCAGAACUACACGGGAGGAUCUUGUCAAUGAUCUCAAGGCAGCUGGGACCAUAGUCAACCAAGAAAACAAUUGGUAAAACACUACGCCGUGAAGGACUGAAAUCCUGCAGCGCCCGCAAGGUCCCCCUGCUCAAGAAAGCACAUAUACAGGGCUGUCUGAAGUUUGCCAAUGAACAUCUGAAUGAUUCAGAGGAGAACUGGGUGAAAGUGUUGUGGUCAGAUGAGACCAAAAUCGAGCUCUUUGGCAUCAACUCAACUCGCCGUGUUUGGAGGAGGAGGAAUGCUGCCUAUGACCCCAAGAACACCAUCCCCACAGUCAAACAUGGAGGUGGAAACAUUAUGCUUUGGGGGUGUUUUUCUGCUAAGGGGACAGGACAACUUCACUGCAUCAAAGGGACGAUGGACGGGGCCAUGUACCGUCAAAUCUUGGGUGAGAACCUCCUUCCCUCAGCCAGGGCAUUGAAAAUGGGUCGUAGAUGGGUAUUCCAGCAUGACAAUGACCCAAAACACACGGCCAAGGCAACAAAGGAGUGGCUCAAGAAGAAGCACAUUAAGGUCCUGGAGUGGCCUAGCCAGUCUCCAGACCUUAAUCCCAUAGAAAAUCUGUGGAGGGAGCUGAAGGUUCGAGUUGCCAAUGACUUGGAGAAGAUCUGCAAAGAGGAGUGGAACAAAAUCCCUCCUGAGAUGUGUGCAAACCUGGUGGCCAACUACAAGAAACGUCUGACCUUUGUGAUUGCCAACAAGUGUUUUGCCACCAAGUACUAAGUCAUGUUUUGCAGAGGUGUCAAAUACUUAUUUCCCUCAUUAAAAUGCAAAUCAAUUUAUAACAUUUUUAACAUGCGUUUUUCAGGAUUUCUUUGUUUUUAUUCUGUCUCUCACUGUUCAAAUAAACCUACCAUUAAAAUUAUAGACUGAUCAUGUCUUUGUCAGUGGGCAAACGUACAAAAUCAGCAGGGGAUCAAAUACUUUUUUCCCUGACUGUAUCAUACAGACAUAUUUCAGCACACACGCACACACACAUACUGCAUGCGUGUCCAGUAUCUCCGCAUGCAGGUUAUUUGGCCCAUGUCAUUGAUUGUUGUUUUAACCAGUUGACUGAAUGCUGAGGUCUUCAUCUGGGUUUGUUUGUCGAUGUUGAUCUGACGUGUUUUGUGUGUGUUUUAGGAGGCAGUACGGUACUUGAACCAGACCACCAUGCAGCUAGAGAUGCUGGAGUUCUCCAGACAACACCUAGCGAGCGAUGACGAGGUACGUGUGUGUGUGAGAGAGAGAGUGUGUGUGUCUCCAUUUGUGUCUCUAGUGUCACUAUAGUUGGGUCUUACAGUACAUGUGUCCAGAAGUGGGUCUUGGUUCUUAGCAGGGCUCUCUAUGUAAUCUUUCUGUAAACUAGUGAAAACCCCCAGAUUCCUCUCAGAUCACAUGACCUGUGUCCAGCAGUACAAUGUGACCAGUGUUUACCAGACUGCCGUAUCCGACCUCACCACAGGGAGGCGCUGAUCACUCACAUGCUGCUCACUCACAACAACAUAGAUGUAGUACCAGAGUUGUUAACUUGGGGGCAGCAUGACUCGUCUCUAGAUAAGAGUGGCCAAUCCUCCUCCUGGAGAACCACUCUACUGCAGGAUUUUGCGCCAGCCCAACUCUAACACACUAAUCAGCUGUUCAUCAGGACCUUGAUUAGCUAAAUCAGGUGUGUUAGAGCAGGUCUGGAACUGAAACCUGUACACCCAGUAGUUCCCCAGGACUGGAACUGGAGACCCAAUUGGUGGCUCUGUCUGAUCAGAGUGUAGUUAGUCUUUAUUUACACUGCAUAUCCAUCAGGAAACCAUAGAGAAUGGUUCCCCCUGGUUACAGUCUUCAGGUUCAAUACUAACUCUGUGAUGUGUGUGUACAGGGGGAAGUGAUGGAGUUUCUAGAUGAGUUCCUGGAUGGAAAAUAAAGAAGGAAAAAAAGAUAUAGAGAAAGAAAGAAAAGUCUGAACUAAAUGACAGAAACAAGCGACGGCAGGUUUUCCCAGCAUGCCGCCGGGCCUUGGCUCCUCCCACUGGGUCGUAUUUAUUCGGAGGUUCCGGAGGCUCUGAUUGGCUAAAAGUAGUUGGAUUAUUUUAUGUGCAUUUAAUAUGACCUUUUAAAUAAUGUUUUUUUUUAUAGUUCUGGAUCAUGUGCACUAACAUGUACAGUGCAGAGGUACGGACAGUGAUUGAUAUUGUGGUAUUAAAUUGGUGAUGAUAAUGAUAAAAAUAAUAAUGUGGCCAUUCUCUGUUAUGUAUGUUCACUCCCCUCUGUCUAUUGUCCAUGUUUUUAAUCAAACUGUUCACUGUCUUACAAGGAAAGAUAUAAAGAUAUUCACAUGGUUCUUUAACAAUAAAAUCACAUGGUGAAACCAA